AUUCAAGGUGAGAGUGGUCAGAUGAUAAACUUGACCAGUGGAAUACUGUGGCGUGAGUGCUGUUGAAGUCAAAUCCAACGACAUCAGUGACGACAGUGAUCACCUGCACCUCUGACAGUGAUUUACCUGUAUGAAGGUACCUUGGGACCGCCUCAGGAUGAAGAUAGCCCGGUAUGCCCCCAUGGUCAGUGCCCUCAUAGUGUCCGUGGUACUCCUGUACAUAGCUUCCAGGACGAGGCCGAGACAACCAAUGUUUCUGGAUCAACAAGACAGGGUCGGACUCAAGUCCAACGCUCAGGAUGGAACAGAAGAGAAGAAGUCCCUCCCAGAGCCAGCGUUAGGUACCGGGGAGGGCGUGCCCGCCCAUCCAAUCCCCUUGGAGGACAAGCUCCGUACCAUGACCAACAAACAACUGGCAACUCUUUAUAACGAUUAUCUUACCAACGUGCAAGUGUUGUGUCGGGACAAGAUUAGGAUGGGCAACAUUCACGGCGGCGGCUGGGACGUCUGUGUGGACGGACAUUACAAGCUGAAGAAAGACAACUGCAUCGUCUACUCAUUCGGCAUUGACAACGACUUCAGCUUUGACGAUGACGUCGCUGACACCUUCGGCUGUGAAGUGCAUGCUUUUGAUCCCAGCAUGAAUAAGGACGGCCACCUGAGGGGGAAGCUGAUCAACUUUCACAACCUCGGACUGGCGGACAUCAAUGGUAACGGCAAGAGGAGUUGGCCAAUGAAGACACUCCCGGUCAUCAGACAAGACAACGGACACGCCGAGAAAGAAAUUGACUACGUAAAGAUUGACAUCGAAGACUCCGAAUGGGGAGCUUUGAGAUACGCUUUCAAAACCGAUGCCCUCAAAGGUAUAAAGCAGCUGUCGUUGGAGUUCCACAUGUUUGGUAAAGAGGAGGUGUCUAGGUACAUCGCCCGGCUGAACGUCCUCCGGGAGUUGUACAACCAGGGCUACAGGAUAUUUUGGACACACAACAACGUGGUCUCCGCCUGCAGGUUCACCUCUGUCUUCGAUGGCAGACAGAGAACCAAGUGUCAUGAAGUCUACUUCCUCAAGUGGGUUUAAAGUUCGCCACGAUCAUAGAGGCCAAUAGACAGGGAACCAGAGGUCAUGAAGUCUACUUCAUAAAGUGGGUUUAAAGUUCGCCACGAUUCAUAGAAGCCUUCAGACAGGAGUGUCAUGAAGUCUACUUCCUCAAGUGGGUAUAAAGUUCGCCACGAUUCAUAGAAGCCUUCAGACAGGAGUAUCAUGAAGUCUACAUCCGGAAGUGGGUGGUUUAGAGAUCGCCAGGAUUCAUUCACGAUCAACCAGUUUGAGUUGAAUUUGUAUAUCUGACUUCAUUGCUUUUACCCAAUCCACAAUAUUCACCAUUGUGUGCUUUGAACCAACGGUAACACUUAAGUCUAUGGACCAUGGCUGUUUAUGGAAUCACUUGUGUGUAUAUAUUGUAAAUAGUGCUCAUCCAUCCGUGUUAAUAUUGUACAUAGUUCAUGUCAUUGCUGUAUUUAAUUCAUUUCCAUUCGAAUAAAUUAUAUACAUUCUACAAA